CGAUCCUGACCUGUGAGUCUACGAGUACCUGUCUAUACCCACUUAUGCGAGUCUUCAGACCCGAUGUGCCCGACUCCUUUCGACUGGCUAUCUCUGCUCUGUUCUCACAUUGUGGCAUGCGCCUCACUUGGCCGUCGGUACACUGGGCCAAUCUAACAACGGUAUGACAAGACCUUGAGUGGCAGGCAGGGUGGGAACUCCACAUGAUAUCCCAUGUAUCGAACCACCAAGUCGACAUGUGCCGAGUACAGAUCUUCAACACCGACGUUUGAGAAUAUGCCAUACGGAGUAGCUAGGCGGACACUGCCCACAGUGCUUACGUACAAAUCGCCAUUCAAAACCCUCUUCUCCACGUGUAUGCCUGUUCGGUGUCGUUUCAGAGACAGACCAGAAAGGGAUUCGGAACUCCUGAGCUUUCUAAAUCGAGGUCAACCACGUUUCAUGUGCCUGAUGUUUCGAGAGGCGAGUCAAACCCAGCUUCCCCGGCGAAGGGGGUUUACCGUAGCUUUUGCCAUAUACCCAUAGGUACUCGGUACAGC